AUUCAACGGUUUCAAAAAAUCUGUAAAGACCAAUAAAUGCCUUGAUUAUUCGAGAAAAUGAUUAUCACAUACAGCGCCACUACACUCCAACUAUAUAUAUAUAUAUGUUUCUUUUUCUUUUUGAUGACUCCAUUUAUAUUCUGCCAACUAAGUAGAAAUAUGCCUCAUUGAGGUCUAAAAUACCGAAGCGUGUCUCUUGCUUUCACCAGAUUCACUCCAAUUUGCAUUGUCUAAAUAUUUUGAUGAACUAAUCUUAUUGGGGUUAUUUUGUUGAUUUUUUCAAUCUCUCGGGGGAGAUUUUGUUUACUAAUUGCUUGGAUAAUCUCAGUUGGUCGAAGGUGUUUUUUUUACUUAUUAUAUGAGACAAAGUAUUUUAAUUAUUCGGGGAUAAAGUAAAUAAUAACACCGGUCAACGAAAAUAAACGGUGUCAAGUAUUUAUGUCACCAUGUGUUUGUUGACAUUAAAUCCUUUUCCGAAAUAGAAAAUAAAGUAGCGAAGAUUUUAGAAAAGCAAAUAGAUAUUUGACUUUUCAGUUCACCAAAAAAAGAAAGAGCGAGAGAGAGGUAAAAGGAUAGAAAGAGGAGAGAAAUCAUGGCAAGGAAUGACGACAAGAUAACUUGUGGAAUCUUGCAAGAGUUUGGCACUGCAAACGAUGAAACUACAGAAGAUGAAAAUGUAGAUAUUCGAGAGAUGUUAGAGCUACAAUUGGCCGAAGUUGAAAUGCUAAAUAGUAUGUAUCCAGACGAGAACGAAUUCAAACUGGAAGAACCAAUUGCUGUUCGGAACAUUCAAAGUUUUCUAAACGGUAAAAUAAAAUAUGAAUAUCUUUACAGUCGAAUAGGAUUCACAGUAUAUCUACAUCCAGCUCCCGAGUGUAACCUUGAAGUCGUGUGUCACCUGCCUCAUGAAUAUCCAACUGUGAGACCAGAGAUUUUUAUCCGUUCUCCCAACAUGCCUAAAGAAAACUUAAAGGAAUUGAAAGAUGCUACUGACGACUACAUGCAGACAAUAGAAGCCGGAGACAUUUGCAUAGGGAUAAUAUUGCAGUGGCUUGAAGAAAAUGCUUCGAAGUAUAUGGGUAAAGUGGAGGAAAAGCCUGAGAUCACAAAUGAUGGUAAAGUGGAUAAGUUGUUUGUUAGACUUUGGAUUUACAGUCAUCACAUUUUUAGCAAAUUCAAACGACGUGAUCUUAUUGACUGGGGACAGGAGCUGAAACUGUCUGGAUUCAGCAUGCCAGGAAAACCAGGUGUGAUUUGUGUGGAAGGACACAGUAGCCAGGUGGAAGAAUUUUGGUAUCGAGUGCGAAGACUGAACUGGAGAAAAAUUGCAAUCAAAGAGAAAGAAGAAAUUGAUAUGGGUGAUGCUGAUGUUGAACAAUUUUGUAAAUUCUGCGCUUUUGAAGAGAAGGUCUUUGAUGCUCGUGCUGGAAAAGGUCGGGAAUAUCAUAUGGAUCUUGGGAAAUUUUAUGAGUUUCUGGAGAAAAAAGAUCUGGGAUAUAUCUUCAGCCUAUAUUUUGGGGUUGAAGGUAAGUCCACAUCUGCGAGUUGAAUAUACUGGUGUUUCUAUACUUUGUGUCAUGUGGAAUGAAAGCUUCAAAAAAAAAAAAAAAAUAA